UUAUAUCGAACAUUUCUUAAAUAAGCUAAUUCCUAAGGCGGUUGAAUUGGUAUUUGUUCCAAUGCUUACAUUACUAAUUAUGGGUAUUUUAGCUUUAUCAGUCCUAGGCCCAAUUGGUGAUAUUCUUGGCGGCUACUUAUCGCAAUUUUUUACGUAUCUCAGCGUCAAUGCGAGCUGGGCGCCAGCAUUACUUGUUGGUGGAUUAUUGCCAAUUAUGGUAAUGUUCGGUUUACACAAUGGAAUUGCUCCUUUGGGCGUUAUGCAAAUGGCAACCAAGGGCUACGACAGUAUCUUUGGCCCUGGAUGUGUAGUUUCUAAUAUGUGCUCUGCAACUGCAGCGUUGGUUGUGGCAUUAAGAACACGUGAUCAAAAAACUAAAGAAUUAGGCUUUUCAAGUUCAAUUACUGCGUACAUGGGAAUUACUGAGCCUGCACUUUAUGGUAUUAAUUUACCUAAACGAUAUCCGUUAAUUGCUGCAAUGAUUGGUGGCGCAUUUGGCGGACUGUAUGCUGGUCUUACUCAUACUCAUCGCUUUGCCACCGGUUCAUCAGGCUUGCCAGCAGUUUUACUGUACAUAGGUGAUAAUACCCUGCGUUACUUAAUUAAUAUUUUGAUUGCCAUGGCCAUUGGCGUUGUUAUUACGGCAGUAUUGACAUAUCUUUUGAGUUUGAAAUAUGAAACUAAUGAUAAAAAGAAGGUACAGCUUGCUACAGAACCGCAAGUAGUCUACGCCGAAAUUAGCUCUCCAGUUAAAGGUGAGCUCUUGCCAUUGAGUCAAAGUGAUGAUGAAGCAUUUGCAUCACAGGCAAUGGGCAAGGGAUUUGUCGUUAAACCCAGUGAAGGCAAGGUUUAUGCUCCAGUAGACGGCAAAGUUGUUUCGCUAUUUAGUACUAAACAUGCUAUUGGCAUCUUAGGAGAUAAUGGAGCCGAGAUUCUGAUUCAUAUCGGUAUUGAUACAGUUGAUCUAAAAGGCAAAUACUUUACCGCUCACGUUAAACAAGGCCAAAAAGUUACUAAGGGUCAAUUGCUGAUUGAAUUUGAUCGUUCUAAAAUCACAGCUAGUGGAUAUAAUGAUGAAGUUAUGGUCAUUAUUACCAACACUAAUUCAUAUCAAAAUGUCGAAUUACUAGAUUCUGCGACAGUAACUGAUUUGAAUAACCGAUUUUGCAAUUAA